CAUUUUUUGGCCUUCAUCAUCCGACGUGCUUUGUGUCUAAGGUCGGUCACUAGUGACAGUGUCCUGGACCCAGCUCGAAUUUUUCUACUGCUGUCAUAGCCAAGUGUUAAUGCGCUACAUCAUUCGACUGUGCCACCGACAGUAGCUGCUCACCUCGUCGCUGGCGAAGGACAUCUUCACAAUUGUCUCAAUGCUCAGGAUUCGCAGCAAGCGCUGCCGCCUGUGAACUCACUUGCCGGCCGCCGCUUUGAUUCGGAGCUCCGGGCAUGCUGUGAUACUGCGCUAUCCUCACUCAAGAACAGCGACAUCUUGUCUGGCCAUAUACCGGAAAGCAUCUCCGCGGAUUAUUUCUACUGAGCUUCCAACAUGAAGUUCGGAAAGCAUAUCCAGAAGCGGCAGCUUGACAUUCCCGAAUAUGCGGCAAGCUUCGUAGACUACAAAGCGCUCAAAAAGCUCAUCAAGAAGCUUAGUGCUACACCGGUGUUGAGCGCGAACCACCAUGGCAGCGAUGGCGAACCUCUCCAGGACCACCAAGCCUCGUUGCAAGCCAACAAAGCGACAUUUUUCUUCCGACUCGAACGAGAAUUAGAGAAGGUCAAUACCUUCUAUCUGCAGAAAGAGGCCGAGCUGAAACUACGCUUGCGCACUCUCCUGGACAAGAAGAAUGCUCUUCAGUCUCGCUCUUCUGGAGCGUCGAAACUGUCAUCAAGCUAUGUCACCCUUGACGAAGGAUUCCGCCUCUUCAGCAGCGAUUUGGACAAAUUACAACAGUUCGUUGAGGUCAACCAGACCGCUUUCUCCAAGAUUCUCAAAAAGUGGGACAAAACUUCGAAGUCGCGGACCAAAGAGCUUUACCUCUCGAGGGCAGUCGACGUGCAGCCUUGCUUCAACCGGGACGUGAUUAGCGACCUUUCCGACCGGGCCACGACAGGCCUACUGGAGCUACAAGCAUGGGCCGAGGGAGAGAAAAUCACUUUCACACCCGCGGUCGAGUUGGCAAACAGAGCACAGCCUACAGGACAGGAUGAAGAAGUGGAGAAUCAAGUACUCCAGGCAAUCAAUGCUGGCAACGUGGGAUUGGUGCGGGAAUGGUCGAGCCGAGUAGCAGGUACCGAGGAUUCUGCAGAACGAAUCAGCCGCGUUUUCCUCAACACCGUCAACACCGCCGCGCCCACCGCUCAGACUCUGCUGUAUGAGACGGGGUUGGUGGACUUCAAUUACGCCGAUCAGAUUAACGAGCGCAACUGUAUUCAUGAGGCGGCUGUGAGCGGAAAACUGGAUAUUCUUCAAGCGGCUCUCGAUAAGGGAGCGAACAUUCGCGCCCCUGACGUGUACGGCCGACUGCCUUUGCAUUAUGCAUGCAUGCAUGGGAGGAUCGAAAUGGUCAGGGUGCUCGUGGACGCCGCACCUGAUACCGUCGACGCCAAAGACUUGGACAACUUCACGCCAUUGAUUCAUAGUAUCGUACAUUCACAAGCGGCGAGCGCGCAGGCAAUGUUGGAAUAUGGCGCGGUCGUCAACCCCACUGGCACGACAGACCACAUACCCUUGAACCUUGCCUGCCAGCAUGGCUCGGUUGCGAUUGUCGAGCAGAUCCUCCGGCAUGGACCCGAGAUGCUUCCGGAUGCCGAGGGCCUAUUGCCGCAGCAUCUCGUUGCACGCUUUGGAGGCGACAAUCAGAUUCUGGUCAUGCUGAAGAAUUAUGGAGUGAACAUGGAUCAGACCGACAAACUCUAUCAAUGGACUCCGAUCUUCCAUGCUGCUUCGGAAGGCCACAUCCACAACGUUCGUCAGCUGUUGGAAUUCAACGUCAACCCGGCAGCAAUCGACGAGAAGGAUCUUUCGGCUAUGUACUACGCUGCGUGGGAAGGCCAGCUUGAAUGCAUGCAACUUAUUGCGCAUGCUUGUGCUCGGGCCGUCGAAGAAUCGAACUCAAGGGCACAAAUCGAUUCCGCAGUGAUCUCCGCAGAUGUUCGGGCACCGCUGAUUGGAGGCACCCCGGCAAUCUCUAUCCCGGAUUCUGAGAUCAUCCCAUCCCUCAUACUGCCGCCCCCGAUUAUUCCACUCCGCCGGUAUGGUCACAACUUCUUGGAUACCACCAAGACUUUCAUCCUGCUAUCAUUUGAUAGCCUGGAUAGUGAUGCCAUCGAGUUCUAUGGUGAUACAAAAUACCCCGCGGCCCGUCUGACCAUUUCAUCGAAAUCUUCCGAUCUGAUCCCACGAAAUUUGCCGCUGCCAGUGCAGGAUGACUACAAGAAUAUCUCGUUUCAAAUCGAAAAUCUGAGCACGUUCAGCAUUGACUUUGAUAUUUACCCGACAUUCGGCAGCAAAGUCAUUGCUCGCGCUGCUGCAUCGAGUCGUGUAUUCACGGGAAAGAGCAGCAGCUCCGGCAAAUGGCAUUUGGAACUCUUCGAUCCUCGACUCCGCACAAUUGGACGUAUCAGCUUCCGCUUCCAAGUAGUGACUCCCUUCCAUGGAAUUCCUCUAGAAAUCACGCAUUUUGCAACCUACUGGAAGGCGACCACGCAGUAUGACGACCAUCCGAGCAAUCUCAUCACUGGAAGCAGCUUGUCGGGUGACUUCUUACGACUAUUCGUGCAAGUCACUCGAGAUGGUGUGCCAGUCCUCUACAAUGAUUGGGCCCUUCCCAGCGGCAGAAAUGAUUUGGUCAGCAGGGUCACAUAUGCUGAGUUCGAAUCGAUCGGGCUCGCUGCUGGCGGAGGCCAGAAAGUGAUCGAAGAUCUCGUGAGAUCCGGAAUCCACCCGGACAAUCUGGCGCACUCACACGUGCAAGUAGCACGCUCCUACACAUCGCUGCAAAAUGCUUUGGCUAUCCUGCCGGCUGAUCUCCAUCUUGAGCUCCAUGUCUGUUACCCAACUCGGGCCGAAGAAGACGCACGACAAUUGGGACCUACCCAGAACAUCAAUUUCGUGGUUGAUAGCAUCCUCAAAGUGGUGUUCGACCACGCGCGCCACCUGAGGGAGAAGAAAGACAGUCCUUUGAGGAACUUCGUUUUCUCAAGUUACAACCCUGACGUGUGUACUGCACUCAAUUGGAAACAACCUAAUUACCCCAUUCUACUGUGUAACGAGCUCGGCGUUGCUUCCACAGUCGACGGUCAACCACAACCCACAGAUGACAUGGUCACGAGCUGCGGCCGCACCGACAUGUCUAUCAAAGAAUCCGUGCGCAUCGCACAGAGCAACAACUUCAUGGGGCUGGUGUGCAGCUCGCGCUUACUCGACCUCGUGCCGGCAUUGAUUCCUUCAGUCAAGGAAGCCGGGCUGGUCCUCAUCGCGGACUACAGUAAAGAGAUGAUUCGGAGACGGCCGAUCAGUGUGCUCGAUCUUCAGAGCGGCGUGGACGGACUUCUGAUGAGCAACGCGGUGCUCAAGUUCAGAGAUACAAUUGAUCAAUAGACUGGUAGAAGUUUUGCAGGCUACCCGAAAAAAGUUUUUGUGAUCCGUCGUUUCACGAGAGGAGGCUGUUUGUUUGGUACUCUGAGAUACACAUUCCUAAAUAGUCCUUUGCCCAGGUGGCAUAGCCGCUGCACUAUAUAAAUAUGAACUCGUGUGAUGAAUAU